AUGGUGAAAGCUGCCAACCCCAUCUGCCCCUCAUGCGGGGCAUUCAUCUCCAUCAAUAAGGAGAGUCCUUUACCAGUGGAAUUUGUGAAAAGGGAUAUACAGUUACCCUUGCUCUGGUUUAGUCCAUAUGCCACGAUGGUUUUACCAAGUGUGGCCACUGUACAUGAUGCUACAACUUUUUGGAUCCACAGGAACAAAAACGUGGGCACUCUCCAGGUAGCUGCAGAAUUCUCUUUGCACUCCAUACCUGCUGUAAGCAAGAUCCUCCAUUCUCUGUUGUUGUUUCUCCAUGCCAACUCUUGUGCUUUCACCAGAGCUGUAAUGGAGUAUCGAAGGCAGAACAGAGAUACUUAUUUAAUAUGCUCUCUGUUAGGGGCUUAUCCCCAUCCAGAUAUAACGUGGACAGAAAAUAAUGCAACCAAGCGGAAAAGCAACAUAAAAGAAAUUUCAUCUCAACCUCCCUUCUCUGUUAAAAGUCAGCUCAAUAUCGCAGACUCAAAUUCCUCUUACCAAUGCAUUAUUGAAAAUUUGGUACUGAAUCAAAGAUGGAUUGGGAAAUGGAAAGCAGAUACUCUUUUAAAAAAACAAGGUGAAGAAGUUUUAUUCCCAUGUAAACUUGAAAAUGAGGACUUUUUGCCAGAGAAAAACAUACAUGUUAUUUGGUCCAAAGUGGAAAACACAUCCACUACAACCUUGGCAUCCUUUUCCAGCUCCUCAAGCAGAAAGCUUUAUGAUAGUCGAUUCUCUUGGGCCAAAAACCUAACUCAUGAAAAGAAUGACUUCUCUUUAACUUUAAAGUCUCCUGCUCCGACAGAUAAUGGGGAUUACCUCUGCAAUAUUUCAUCAGUAAACUAUACUCAGCUCACUAUGCAAUUUUUGAGCGUUGGCCCUGGAACACCAACAGAAUCGGAGCUACAAGAAUCUAGAAGGCCAUUAUCUGCUUCUUCUCAAUAG